AUGAGGUUGUACAGAGAAAGAAAAGACACGGCCCCGAAAUCCCUGGCUACAUUGAAUAUAAGGGAAAAAGAAUACCGCACAGAUGAUUACACUAACAUAACGCCAAAGAUACUUUCAUAUUUAAAUCAAAAUUUGCAUUUAAAAAAAGAUAAUCCCCUAUCAUUAGUGCGACAACGAAUCGUAAAUUAUUUUUAUUCCUCUUUUACUCACAGAGGCAAUCCCACAUUUAGCGUGUACGACAAUAUGUCGCCUAUAGUUUCUACUAAGCAGAACUUCGACGAUUUGUUGAUACCAGAAGACCAUCCAAGUAGGGCAAAAUCUGAUUGUUAUUAUAUAAACAGCUCAACGCUUUUACGAGCGCAUAUGACUGCACACCAAAGCGAGUUGUUACGGGCUGGACUUGACAAUUUUCUGAUGAUAGGAGAUGUCUACAGGAGAGAUGAAAUUGAUUCCACACAUUUUCCUGUGUUUCAUCAAAUAGACGCAGUGAGAUCCCAGAGAAAGGAACAACUAUUUGAGCAACAUCCAGAUUUAGACAUUUUUGAGAAAACCUUUGAUCCUACCAACCCUCACAUGUUUAAGAAUUCAAUAUCUGACCCAACUAAACAAAGCUGUCACACUUUGGAAGCAACUAAACUAAUGGAGGCUCAGUUAAAGAACCAUUUAAUCGGUAUGGUUCGUCAUUUAUUUGGUGAAAACAUUGAAUAUCGGUGGGUUGAAGCCUACUUCCCGUUCACCCAUCCCUCAUGGGAACUGGAAAUUUUUUACGAAAACAAUUGGAUGGAAACUUUAGGCUGUGGUAUUGUCAGAAAUGAGAUACUCGCUAAUGCCGGACCAAAUAACAGCAUAGCAUAUGCUUUUGGAUUGGGCUUGGAAAGGCUUGCUAUGGCUUUGUACAAAAUACCAGAUAUAAGAUUAAUGUGGAGUCAGGAUUCAGGAUUUUUGACACAGUUUCAAAAUAUUAAUGUGAACGCUAAUAUCAUUUAUAAGCCGGUGUCAAUAUAUCCACAGUGUACAAAUGAUUUGUCAUUCUGGUUACCAUCUAACAGCAGUAUAGAUACCUUUACAAGUAAUGAUUUUUAUGAUUUAGUCAGAGAUAUUGGUGGAGAUAUUAUUGAACAGGUAAAAUUAAAAGACAAAUUUAUUCAUCCUAAAACAAAGAAACAUAGUCUCUGUUACAGUAUAGUGUACAGACAUUUAGAGCGAACACUCACACAGGCAGAAGUGAAUAAAAUUCACAAAGAAAUUGAAGAAGCAGCUUCUAAAACCUUCAAUGUAGUUAUUAGAUAGUUAAUUUGUUAAUAAAAUUUAGUUGUUAUAAAAUGA